UGCGAUCAACUCAGACCCUGGUGCACGCAGUGUCGAAACGCUGCCAGGGUUUGCCCUGGUUAUCGAAACGAACUAGAUCUCGUUUUCCGUAACGAGAACGAAAGGAUCAAGGAAAAGUACAAAGUGAAAAGGGAAAGCAUAGGUCCUGGCGAACCGGCAACCGCCGGUCGAGCCAGAUCUACUCCGGCAUUAUCUACCUCGAACUCAGACUACCUGAAACAGCCACUCCGCGACCUUGCAACCCAGUUCUUUCUCGCGAAAUACGUGCGCGGGGGAAAUUUUGAUUGGCUUCCCGUUUUGUACACAACGAGCCAGAGCUCACCGGUUCUGGUUCCAAUGUGUCAAGCCGUGUCCCUGGCCAGUCUAUCCAAUGACAUGCAACGACCCGACAUCAUGGUCGAUGCUAGGCACCACUACUCAAUCGCCAUUAAGCACAUCAACCUAGCAUUACAAUCCAAGGAACGUCUUCUCCACGAUGAUACCCUGGCCGCCAUUCUGCUCCUGGCUCAGUUUGAAACCUUUUCCGCCGACAAAAGCACCCAGUCGAAUUCCUGGGGAAGCCAUAUACACGGAGCCUUGACAUUGCUUGGGCUUCGCCCCCGGCAACAGUUUGAAAGCCCAGUAGGCAUGAAGCUCUUCCGGCAUAUCAGCAGCAGCAUAUACGUCGAUGCCAUACAACACAGACGCCGAUUACCUCCUCAAUUCCUCGAUCUGCGCGCAGUGGCUGCCCCCUUCCAACCGCGUAGUGAUCCUCUUGUCCGCUUGGCCGAGAUCAUGAAUGACUUCAUUGACCUGCGGGCUACGAUAGCCGAGCGUGGAGGCACAACUUCGGCUUCAGCGAAUGCAUGGAGCUGGAUCGAGCGCGCUCAGGCUAUUGAGCAGCAGGAGUGUGCCUUCUUGGCAGAUCUACCACCUACUUGGCGGUUCAAAGUCGUGACUCGCGGGGCACCAAAAACUUGUUUCAGCGACGAACAUCAUUCCAGCUACAAUAACGUCGACCACAUCUAUCACGGCACGUAUCACCUUUAUGGAGAUCCUCGUAUUUUGCAGGCUUGGAAUAUUGUUCGUAUGACUCGCUUGGUUUUGAACGAGAUCGUAUACAAGUGUAUCUGCGCAAUGAAAGGUCUGAGCCGCAGGAGCAAUCCGGUCUCAAGCUGGGAUAGUAGACCAUUCUUCGACUGGGCAGGGCUUGAACUAGAGUCAGCCAACGUCGUCAAUGAGCUCGCUUCCGACAUUUGCUAUAGCGUGCCCCAGUUUGUGCAAAUGCCGCCUUCUGGGUCAGCUGCAACUUCUUCUCAAUACUCUCCCGUCAGCACAAAUUCGGACAACACAACGAGUCUUGCAGCCUGCUACUUCCUUAUCUGGCCGCUUUACGUUGCAGCAAGCUCACCGGUCGUCUCCGCCUCUACUGACGACGUGAGGCGUUACGCAAUCGACCGUCUUCGGUACAUGGAGGCGCGGAUGAAGAUCCCACAAGCGGGAAUAGUCGCACAAAAGCUCGAGCAGGGAGAUCUGCGUGAAGAUUGGUAA